AUGGACGCCGACUAUUGGGACCAAUACCACAACGUAGCAGUCCUCACUCAAGAGAAUGCCCAAAUCGAAUCACAGAGAGGGCUUGAAUCGGUGCUCAAGGCCAAGAAAGCAGCAAGCAAAUGGUACAACAGCGACGAGGGACAGCGACUCCAGCAGCAAUAUACUUCGUGGAAACAAGCCGGCGACACCAUCAAGAGACAGCAAGAAAAAACAGACAAUCGGAAGUCUACUUUUCGAAAGGGAUGGCUCAAGUUGUUCAUCACAUCAAAGAUUGGCAUGGGCUUGGUAUCGAAAGACACUGGGUUAGGUCCAAGGGACACCAGCGACCAAUCAAACUUCAAGAAGGCAUUGAUCAACACCUACAGCACAUGUUCAGUUAGAAUCGCGGAAGUGGGCCUAUGGGAACCAGUAGUUGGAGACUGGUAUGAAACACUGCAAGGGGCGCACUUAUUCCCCUAUGCACAAGGACAGUUCAUGGAUGAUAUCUUCGGCAAAGGGGCACACGAAGAGUUGUUCUCUCCAAAGAACGGCCUCCUACUCCACAGGAACGUUAAGCACGCUUUGGAGAAGGGUUUUGCGAUGAUUGUCCCCGAUGUUGAUCUAGAACCAGCAGAUCCAGAUUUCCCUCUAAGAGACAAGCAGGAAAGAGACAAUCGACUCAAGGCUUGGAAGAGAGCGAAAACAAAAGAGUACAAGUUCAUUGUGCCAGAUGAGAAACAACCGGCAGUCAACGAGAAAUUCUACAGCCCCAAGGGGGAACCUAUCACCAUCGCAGAACUCAAUGGAAAACGGUUGGAAUUCCUCAGUAACAGUCGCCCGAGAGCCCGAUAUGUAUGGUGGACUUUCUUCAAUGCUGUCCUCCGGAGGUCAUGGUCGCAGAAGUUAACCGAAGGCAACAUGCAACACAAGGAAGUGCAGAAACGGACACUUUACUGGGGCAGUGAUGGCUCUUAUAUAAAGAAGAGUCAGAUUUUGGGAUGUAUUGAGGAGAUUGGGCAUGACGUGGAGAUCGAGUCGAGCGGAGAGGAGUCUUAUGUUAAGCCAAAGAUGGAAGGAGUGGGUGCAGUGCUGGGCCAAGCUUUGCUGGAAUCACACGAGGAAGAGGAACGUGUUUGGGUGGACAUGGGCGAAUUCGAGAAAGAUCCGGAGGAAUCUGAAGACGAGGAGGAAUCUGUAGACGAGGAGGAAGCUGAAGACGAGGAGGAUGAUGAACUGUAA